UUGUAUUUUCUAUUGUUUCCUGUAUGUAAGAUGGUCCCAGGGAAUCCAGGGACCACCAAGACAUACAACCAGAGAAAAUCCUGAAACUGCUUCAUCCUCUGUGCAGAAUUGUUUUUAAGAAGCACCCUCCUGUUCCUAGAAGUGGUCUUUUAUUUUCUUUUUCUUUUUUUCAGGCGUUUUGGCUUCAUUGGAAAGGAACACCUGAAGAGAAACAGGAAGGGGGGGGAUUACAUGCAAGCAAAGGGCCCCAGCCUGGAAUCGAACCCAUCCUUAGUACGUGGUGCGUGCACUCUACCAGUGAGUAAUGAGGAAGCCUUUGAAUGGGCUGGAUCCUGGAAUCAGACUGCAGGGCUUCCAUUGUUUUUAGACCGGGAAGCAGCAUGCAAACAAAUCGGUGAACCGUCGCGGCCUGUCAAACCCCCGCCCUCGCAGCCACCAGCACCACCAGCCCAGCUUUGGGGGGGAUUCCAGACACUUCCACUCUGCCAGACAAACUGCGCCAAACACCAUGGAUUUCAUCCUACCUAUAAGAAGUCAAAAAAUGAUGGCUUCCUCCAGCUCUGCACCUCUUCUGGGCCCUCACAGCAGUUGCACCAGGCACCACUACCAUGGCGUCAAAAGAAAGCUGCGGCCUGGACGGAUUCUAGGCUUCAUCAUCAGCCUGGUGGCAGUCUGCACAGUCUUUUCAUGGAGUGCCUUGUCGCUGGCCACAACAGUGGCCAAGGAGCUGGAAUCAGCCGUCGAGGGCUCAGCAGACGCAGCAGUGCCCCAAAGAACUCUUCUGCAGCACCACAACCUCUCAGUUGCGCCAGAGGACACACCGCUGGCCAUGCAAUCAUCUGAAAUAGAGAUGAAUCACGGGGACUACCCAACGGACUACUUCAGUGUAGAGGAGAGACGCCAGGGCUAUGUGGUUUUUCAUAUGUUUGGCAUGUUGUACAUGUUCAUAGCCUUAGCCAUUGUCUGCGAUGAGUUCUUUGUUCCUGCACUCACUGUCAUCACAGAGAAGCUGGAGAUUUCUGAUGAUGUAGCAGGAGCCACCUUCAUGGCGGCAGGUGGCUCAGCCCCAGAGCUCUUCACCUCAGUCAUUGGAGUCUUCGUCUCCCACAGUAACGUGGGUAUCGGUACCAUUGUGGGCUCCGCUGUCUUCAACAUCCUGUUUGUGAUCGGGAUGUGCGCCCUGUUCUCCAAAGAGGUGCUGAACCUCACUUGGUGGCCUCUGUUCAGAGACGUCUCAUUCUAUAUCAUUGGCUUGCUUAUGCUCAUCUAUUUCUUUCUGGAUAAUCAAAUCACGUUGGGGGAAAGUAUCGGCCUGCUGACGUGCUACACCUGCUACGUGACAUUCAUGAAGUUCAAUGCCAAAGUAGAGCUUUUCAUCAAGACCAUUCUGGGCAGCAACCAGGUGGACGAGCUGGAGACUGCACCAAAGGUAAAUGCACCUGGAGAUGAUGAGAACAAGUUGACGGCCAAACCCAGGCUGCAGAGGGAAGGCAGCUGUGCCUCUCUGCACAACUCACUGAUGAGGAACAGCAUCUUCCAGCUCAUGAUCCACACACUGGACCCCCUCAGUGACGAAGGUAUGGAACGUUUCAAAGAGAAGGCGUCAAUCCUUAACAAAAUGGCCAAGCAGAAGUGUAAAGAAGAGGCUGCCAAUGCCAACGGUGUAGGAGCCCUCUCCCAGACACAACCUCCAAGAAAAGCUAAUUCUGAUAAAAACAUUCCCAACAGUUCAAAUGUUGCAGUGGAAGUCACACCACCCAUGAACGGUGUUGCAGGAGGCGACGAGGGUGGUGAAGAAGAGGAGGAUGAAGACCAGCCUCUGAGCCUAGCCUGGCCCGAUACCUUAAGGAAACGAAUCACCUACCUAAUAAUCCUGCCCAUCGUCCUUCCACUGUGGAUCACACUGCCUGACGUCAGGAGAGAGACGUCUGCAAAGUUCUUCCCCAUCACUUUCCUCGGCGCCAUUUCUUGGAUUGCUUUCUUCUCCUACCUGAUGGUGUGGUGGGCUCACCAGGUUGGAGAAACUUUCUGGAUCACAGAGGAGAUAAUGGGUCUGACCAUAUUAGCAGCUGGCACUUCGAUCCCCGACCUGAUUACCAGUGUGAUUGUAGCACGAAAAGGCCUUGGUGACAUGGCCGUGUCCAGCUCUGUGGGCUCCAACAUCUUUGAUAUUACUGUGGGUCUGCCAUUCCCCUGGCUCAUCUACAACAUCCUCAACGACUUCAAGCCGGUACAGGUGAGCAGCAAUGGCCUGUUCUGCGCCAUCGUCCUUCUCUUCCUCAUGCUCCUCUUUGUCAUCAUAUCCAUCGCAGCUUGCAAGUGGAAAAUGAGCAAGUUUCUGGGCUUUCUCAUGUUCUUGCUCUACUUCGUCUUCCUUAUCUUCAGCGUCAUGCUGGAGGAUAAAAUCAUCGUCUGCCCCGUCACCAUAUGAAAGAAAGCGACUCUUACUGAUUGUCAGAAAGCAUUAAUGUGCUCACGUAUACCAUGAUUUACUAUAGGAGUGGAAAAACAUGCUCGCACAGACACAACCUGUCUCUUAUCUGUCUCACUUACAUACACAGUAGACGACUGCAUACACACACACACACACACACACACACACACAAGUUGUGGCACUGACUUAAAUCAACGCUGCAAAAUUCAGACCGGUGCAUCACAGCCACCCAGCAGUGGCACACAAGCCUGUACGUCAUUAACAGACUUUAUGCCACCCAAUAGGAGGGACUCCUCUCUCUUUGUACCAUGUGACUACAUUCAGUAGCCGCUAUUGGUUGAAAUCAGCUGAAAGCAACUGUUGGACAAUUUGUGUGAACGCCACGCGGGAUGGAAGUUUUGAUUGAAGAUCACCAGAGAUUGCUGUCUUUUCAACUAAAGGACUGUGUGGCAGGAUAAGAAGUACCUCCGCUACUCAUGCAAGCAGCCAAGUUAAGCAUGUAAGCUGAAUAUGGGGUUUCAGAGAGACUUUAUUUUUUGGUUUUAAAGGGUAGCGAAGCUCUGGAGAAAUCCUGUGUGUCGUGGGGGGAAAAAGAAAAAGGGCCGCUGCAACACAUAAGUGUGAUAGCUGCUUAGUAGACCUUUAGAUUUAACCACCUGUAUGGCUUCGCAAUGUCAUCGAAAGAGAAAUAUCCAGUGUUAAUAACUUGAGUGUGUUUUCAGAUAAAGUACAUUGCAUUUGAGGACACAUUUGGCAGAAAUUGUUACUUUAUAUUCCAUUAAUGAAUAUCUAUAAUAGGAUACAUUAUAUUCUAAAUAGUUACAAUAGAGUGUACACAGAAAUUGGCUAAGGUGUCAUGCUUAAUACUUCUGCUUAUAUCUGUAUAUCCAAACUAUCUUAUUUGUUUUUUUCGUAUAAUAAGUUUGUGAGCGUGACUUUUUCUGUUCCGUCUGCCUUUACAUGCACCACUUUAGAGAGUGAUUACUUCAGUAUUCUGACUAAAACUGGACAAUUUUUGUGCAUGGAAAUGUAAUAAACAGGUCAGUGUUUUCCCAGUGGAUGAUGCAA